AUGCGUCACAGCCUCUUCGCCUUUAAUUGGCGCCCCAGCCUUCGUCCCCGCCACGCUCCCUGCGUUUGCCGUACCUCCAUCAGGACCAAAUCCUCCCAAGCCUCCCGCAUCGACCGCAUCACGGCCAAGCUUCCCCGCCGCUUACAAAAAUACACCAAUGGUCUACGAAAUGCGCCAGUUUCACACAUUGUAUCGUUUCUGAUCCUGCACGAGAUCACGGCGAUUGUACCUGUACUUGGGUUGUUCGGGUUGUUUCACUAUACCAACUAUGUGCCUGUGGACUACGUGACGGGUCACUUUGGGGCCUAUGUCGAGGAUGGAGUUGGUCGGUUUGAAAGGUACUUCAAGCGCAAAGGCUGGUUCGGGUUCGGACAAGAUCAGGAAGAUGAGGCGAAUGUGCCAAGCACCAGCCCGGGAAAUCACGAAUCCAAGUCGGAGGACGCCGUCGAACGAUGGCAUAGUGGAGAUGGACGAUACAAGGUCGUGGUCGAAGUUGCUCUCGCAUACGCCAUCACGAAAGCUCUCCUGCCAAUCCGAAUAAUUGGCAGUGCUUGGGCAACGCCAUGGUUUGCUGGCGUUCUAGUAAGGGCAAAAGGCAUCUUCAGUCGCAAGUCGUAG